AUGGCCACCAACUGGAUGGAUGAUGGUUACUCCAACGACGGCUAUGCGGACGAAUGCCUCAAGCACCACAACUACCAUCGCGCGAACCACGAGGCGCCCGACAUCCAAUGGGACCCAUACCUGGCUUACAUUGCUCAACUGGUCGCUUCCUCUUGCGUCUAUGGACACAACUUAGACUACGAUCCUCAAGCCGGCCAAAACAUCGCUGGUGGCAUGUCAGCCACCAACGUCUCCGGCACCAUCACCGAACUCUGGUACAACGCGGAACUCCCCUACUUCAGCGAACUGUACGGUCAACCAUAUCCCGACAUGACCUACUUUGAGCAAUACGGCCACAUGACUCAAAUCGUGUGGAAAGGUACUGCUUCUGUCGGUUGCGCUACGCAGUAUUGUCCGUAUGGUUUGGCGAAUGCUGGAGGUAUUGAACCGUAUUUCACUGUGUGCAACUAUAAAGAUCCUGGAAAUAUGUUCGGAUAUUAUGAUCAAAUGGUCAGCCCGCCACAAGGUGCACCGGACAUUCACUGGGACAUGUACAAGAAGUAA